GGUCAUCGAGUGGCGUACGCCAAUGAGGGAAAGUCGCCUUUGCUCGACGCGGUGCCUGGGGACAGCGGGCCGAAUGACAUCUCGAUAUUCCGCAAUUUCCUCUGCUACGGCCUGGCUCGUCCCGAGAUCAUCCAUGCUGAUAUGGCCGCGCCGUUUUGGCGAAAAGAUGCUAAGACCGGUAAGUUGAUGUGA